AUGGAGAUCAACAUCCCUCAGCUAAACAAAGGUCAAGCGCAGGCGAAGGCAAUAACAAUUAACAUCCCUCAGCUAAACAAAGGUCAAGCGCAGGCGAAGGCAAUAACAAUUAACAUCCCUCAGCUAUACAAAGGUCAAGCGCAGGCGAAGGCAAUAACAAUUAACAUCCCUCAGCUAAGCAAAGGUCAAGCGCAGGCGAAGGCAAUAACAAUUAACAUCCCUCAGCUAAACAAAGGUCAAGCGCAGGCGAAGGCAAUAACAAUUAACAUCCCUCAGCUAUACAAAGGUCAAGCGCAGGCGAAGGAAAUAACAAUUAACAUCCCUCAGCUAAGCAAAGGUCAAGCGCAGGCGAAGGAAAUAACAAUUGACAUCCCUCAGCUAAUCAAAGGUCAAGCGCAGGCGAAGGCAAUAACAAUUAACAUCCCUCAGCUAUACAAAGGUCAAGCGCAGGCGAAGGCAAUAACAAUUAACAUCCCUCAGCUAAGCAAAGGUCAAGCGCAGGCGAAGGCAAUAACAAAACAAAUGUUAUGCAACAUGCACAUAGCUGUUUGUCCCAUAAGUUUAUUAUCUUUGUUUUUCAAGGUGUAG